AUGCCUGUAUCAAUUCUUAUCCUCAUCAUUAUUGGGUUAAUUUAUACUUUCUUUAGUGUUAUCCCUCAACGCCAGCUGUCAGAGACCCAUCAACAACUGGGCUUCCAGCACGUUCCUGAGCACGUAAAUUAUUUGCAGCGGCCAAGACUCCUCGUUCGUUUGGGCGGCAGAGCGGGGAGGCACUCGGAGCUCCUCCAGCGCCUGGCAAACGCCUCCCCGCCGCGGGGGCGGCGAACACCGCGGCGCUCGGGGGCUGCGGGCACAGAACGUGCCUGGAGGGGCUGGAGGCAGGCUGAGCCGGCGGGGGAGCGGGAGGCUGUGCCCAGCGAUGAGCCGCCUCCCUCGCUCGCUCCCGCCCGCCCUCCCGCAGGAAUCCCGGGCGGCGCGGCGGCACCGGGACGCGCGGCUCCCCCGGGCUGCGCAGCGGGGCGAGCGGCGGAGCCGCGCCGGCGAGGAGGAGCCGCCGCCUCAUCCUGCGGCACCGGCCCGGCCAGCGCAGGUGGCAGUGUAGAAGCCAAGAACAAAAAUUGGCAGAAAUUGUGUUCUGUGUACGAGAAUAUGAAGAGUGUACUCAUGACUAAGCACAGGAACCUGGAAAACCACAGGCUUUAGUCAGGUGAUCCCUGAUGAGUAGCCAGCCCACCAAGAAGGGACUUGAGCACACAGGUAAGAGAGAAGCUGUGUACUCUACAUGCACCUGGGGGUCCGGGGGAGGAGGUAAACAGCUCUAACAUUGUUUGAAUAGUUAAAAAAUAUCCUGACUUGCUUGGAUGUGUAACACUGUGAUUG